AGUAAAGCGAUCAUGGGUUCUUCUUCUAGAAAUUUGUAUGCAGGAAUAGGUGAAGGGCAAUCAACCACACGGCCACCUCUUUUUGAUGGAACCAAUUAUACAUAUUGGAAAGAACGAAUGAGAAUCUAUAUUCAUUCCACGAACUUCCAAUUAUGGUUGGUUAUCAAAACCGGGGAAGAGGUGCUGAUGAAGAAAGUCGGAGACAAGUUGAUCCCCAAGACCGAAGACGAGUUUGAUGCCGAGGACAUCAAAAAGGUCGAGAAUUAUGCAAAAGCAAUAAACAUGCUUUAUUGUGUCGUAAAUCCUAAUGACUACCGCAAGAUCUCUUGCUGCUCAACCGCCAAAGAGAUGUGGGAUAAACUUGAGGUGACGUACGAAGGAACAGACCAAGUACGUGAAGCCAAGAUCGACUUCCUCACUCAAGAGUAUGAGAUGUUUAGGAUGAAGGAGCACGAGAAGAUUGACGAUAUGUUUGACCGUUUCUCCAAGAUAGUCAACGAUCUUCAUGCAUUAAAGAAGACGUACACCGACAGGGAUCUUGUGCGAAAGAUCCUACGGAGCUUGAGAUCCGAAUGGCGAUCCAAGGCCGAUGCCAUCUAUGAAUCAAUCGGCACGUCAAAUGUCACCAUCAACGGCCUAAGAGGUAAUCUAAAAACCUAUGAAUCUACUAUUCUUAAUCCGUCUUUGAAUGACCAAAGGAAAGGGAUAGCACUAAAAGCCGUCAAAGAAUCAACGAUGGAUGAUUCAAGUGACGAUGAUGAAGUCAAGCUUGUCAUGAAGAAGUUCUACAAACUUCUAAGAAAGAAAGAAAAGGUUGAGGAUGGCCCUGUGUGCUAUGGAUGUGGAGAAGCCGGGCACAUCAAGAACAAAUGCCCGAAAAGCGGAAGGAAUGCUCGACACUUCAAAAGGCAAAGGGCGUAUAUCUCUUGGGGUGGCGACUCCGGUGACGAGUCCACUGACCAAGAAGAGGAGGAAGCCGCCAACCUCUGCCUCAUGGUACACGAAGACCAAACCGACGAUGUAUAAGAGGUAUGUACCAUUUCUUCCGACUCUUACACUUUUGAAGAAAUGCAAGAAGCACUUCACGAACUUUAUGAUGAAUUUGUUAGCGCUUCUAAACUCAACAAAUCGUUAAAGAAACGCCUUUCCACUCUUGAAAAUGAUUUUGAAAAACUGGAAAAAGAUAAUGAAAAGUUGAAACAAGA